AUGAAUCAAAAUGUUGUAAUAAUGAUACUGUUGGGAUGCCUGAUGCUCCAAUCAUUGACUUAUGCAUGCUUGCAAGUUCAGGUGUUUAGAGCAUCUGAUAGAUUGAGUGGAUGGGCCGCCGACAACAAUAAAGUUGUUCACCAAGAGUUCCUCUACAUGGACACUGUUGGCUGUGACUCAUGGUUUGAAAAGUACUGGGGUGGUUCCGAUGCUGUCGGCUACCUCUGGACCAAGCACAACUGCAAGGAUCUCGGUGAGAACGAAUGGAGGUUUGAGAGACCAGGUUUCAAAUCAGGAUGGAUGAGAUUCAACCAGGGAUGCCCAAUCACUGUAACAACAGCUCUUACAUCUUCAAGUUGUAAAUCAUUUAACUACAACUGUGGUUCAUUGGGUGAUAUGGUUGCCAAUGAUCAGCCAGAGGUUGUUCAA